AUGGACGAUGACCUCGAGAGCGCGGAAGAUGGCUUAGCCAGCGGAAACUCGUCAUUCCAUAAGCUGGCAAAGGGCAUGGUUGCUUUCUUAAGAGCUACGCUUGGUUUCGAGCCGGAAAUAAUACGCGAGGCCGCGGAAAGAUUAGCAGAUGCCGAGACGACCGCCUCCACCGACCAUCGGCGAGCUCAGAAAGACAGUCAUUCAUACCGCUCUGCUGUCUACCCACCCGGCGCCGAGUUUUCCCUCUGCCAUGCACAGACACAAUUGAUGAGCGCUGUGAUUGCAGUAUUGAACGAAAGUCUCACGGAGAGCAUAAAGGGCUUCUACAAAUUACGAAAGGCGUAUGUUACGCUUAAUACGAUACUGGAUGCGGAGUCCAGAUACAUCAAGACGAAGAGUGGAAUGGACACAAAUACACCCAGCAGAAGGUCGGUGGAAUCUUUCAGGUCGGAUAGGUCAGCCCCGUCGCUCAAGGGAAUGCCGGGUGGAUUUGGUGGCGCUACAUCUAAGCCGCCAUCUAUACGCUCGUUUCGAGAACCAACUGCCAAUAGUUCAAACAGUGCAGCCACAAAACAGGAUGGGCUCACCAACGGUGCGCAAGAUCAUCACGAUGAUGACGAUGAAGAUGAAUUCUAUGACGCAGAUGAUGGAACGACUGAUAAAUUAGACAAUCUUUCACUCGACGGCGAAGGCAUGUUGGACUCAAAGGACCUGCCCGCUCCAGACAACCAAGCCGCCAGACAUGGGAUCCUCGACCAUGACCCUGAUUCCGAUGUCUUCGCCAAUCCAAUAGAUGUUUUUAUUCACUCAGGUGCCAACCUUUGUUUUGGACUACUUCUCGUUAUGCUUUCUAUGAUUCCGCCUGCCUUUGGAAAAUUGCUUUUCAUUAUUGGCUUUCACGGGGACAAGGACCGUGGAAUUCGGAUGCUUUGGCAGGCCAGCAAGUUCCAUAAUAUCAAUGGUGCUAUGGCAGGCCUGAUCGUUUUAGGAUACUACAAUACAUUCAUUGGCAUGUCUGAUAUUAUCCCUGACUCAGACCCAACUAGUAUCGACCAGAAUACCGUUGAAGGCUAUCCCAAACAGCGCUGCGAAGCUCUCCUCUCGGACAUGCGGAGGCGGCAUCCAAAAUCACACCUCUGGCUCCUGGAAGAAGCCCGCAUGCAGGCCGCAAACAAACACCUUUCCACCGCCAUUUCUAUACUCGAAAAGCCCAUCAAGUCUCCACUCAAGCAAGUGGAAGCUCUCAAAAUGUUUGAAAGGUCUCUCGACGCAAUGUAUAUGCACGACUACGCCCUUUGCGCCAAAUCUUUCAUUGCCUGCGUUGAUCUCAACAACUGGUCCCAUACUCUCUACUACUAUAUUGCCGGCGCUGCAAAUGUCGAAAUGUACCGGCAGCACAGAACCUUGAACCCCACCGAGGCUGCUAUCUACGCCAAAAAGGCGACCGAGCUAUUCAAACUUGCACCCAAGCAUGCAGGCAAGAAGAAAUUUAUGGCGCGCCAGCUACCGUUUGACGUUUUCGUAACCCGCAAAGUCCAAAAAUGGGAAACUCGCGCUCGUGACUGGAGUGUUUCUUUCGUCGAUGCUGUAGGAGUCAGCCCUGUCGAAGAGAUGAUAUUCCUAUGGAACGGGUACAAGCGCAUGGACACGAGUCAGCUCGAGCAGAGCCUUUUGCGACUCUCAUGGAGCGAGACUUCGAAUCCGCACUGGAAGCGUGAAGGUCCGGAUGAGAAGGCUAUAUUGUCGGUGCUCUAUGGCGCCACUCUGAGGAACUUGAAGCGCUACGAAGAAGCGAAGGAACACCUCCGAGCAGGUGUCCUUAGCUAUGACAAGAACGAAUUGAAAGGAGGAUCGAGAGAUGAUUGGACGGCACCUGCUGCUAAUUACGAGAUGAGUGUCAACUGUUGGAUGCAGAGGGGAGAGGCAAGGAAGGAGGGUAAGGAGGCUGAGGUGAAGAAAUGGGUAAAGGAGUGUGAGAGUUGGAUAGAGAAAGCGGCGACUUGGGAGAAGUUCGAACUGGACGCGAGGAUUGGACUCAAAAUCGCGACAGCGCAGGACACGUUGAAGAGAUGGCAUGAGAAGGAAGGGACCGCGAAAUAG